AGGCUUUAAUUGUUAAAUAAAACAAAGAGAGAAAAAGAGAAAGAGAAAAAUAAAGGAGGUGUCGUAAAUGAAAAAGUUGUGUAUUUACAGUAAUUAUGUUCUCGGAGAAUGUCAAAGCAACAUUACUGUGCGGCCCGAAAAAAUUGAGCGAAUCUUUUAUGUUCGAGGCUGCUACAUAUUGGGCAGAAAAAGGGAGACGUGUCAUUUAUAUUGCACCAGUGCCUCUAGAAAAAAGACCAGGAGCUUGUCAUGAUAGAAGUGAUCCAACAGUAGUUGCUCUUAAACUAAUGAGAUUUGUAUAUUUGAAAGAUUAUGAAAGUCUUGUAGAACAUCUUAUUAAAUUGCAUACUUACGCAGCCGUACCUUCUGUGCUUUUGAUAGACAGUUUAGAUGAUUAUCUCAAUGAUGAAGCUGCUAGAAAUAAUACGAAGAUGUUUAUUGCUAAAACUUGUGCUCUUAUACUUCAUUCGAUGAACUCAUGUUCGCGAGUUUUAAAUAUGAAUGUACAUGUGUGCGUGUGGGCCAGCGCCGUUCUCAUCGACGAUUUUCCUCAAACCGUCUUAUUUCGCAAUAUUUGGAACUUAACGGAAAAGGAAGAUGGAAAAGUGAUCGUGUUGGAAAAAUUCUCCGGUAGAUCAUCGGUAAUGCAAUCGUACAAAUAUCGCGUGUUCGAAGAUGGAAUGCGCGUUCUACAACAAGUAAUACACUAUUCAUCGGAAGAUUAGAGAUGCUCUCUUAAACGCGCUCAUUUGUACUGUGUCUGAUCGCGUUUGAUUAGAGGAGCUCUCUUGCGAAGUAUAAUCUUUAUUAUAUUUAGAGAGAAGAGAGAAUGAGAAAAAAUCGAACAAGGAAGAGAUGCAAGCAAAUGCUAUCAAGAUAGACUUGUGACUACUAAAUUGUAGUCUACUUUGGAAAAAAAAAUAAUAGUCUUCAACUUAAACAUAGAACUCUUUCUUUCAUAUUUUUUCUCUUCUCUUUCUUCUUCAUCCGGAAACUUUUUAAGAGAAGAGAUAUUUUAGAAAUUAAAAUAAAUUUGAAAAAAUUAUUAAUAAAAAUAAUUUGACAAUAUUUAUACAUUAUACACAUGAAUAUAAACUAAACUGUUAAAAAUUAGAAAAAGAACAAUAUCAAAAUCUCUAAUUCACGGCAGGUAACUUACCGUCAACUGAUCUUUCUUGGUGUGUGUAUGUAUGUGUAUAUAUAUGUACACACUACACGCUUAAAGAACGGCUUAUAACCCCAGACUUGCUAUGUUGAUGUGUGUGUGUGUGCGUUAAACGUUACAUUCCAUUCGACCAAAUAACCAGUUUUGAAUCGGUCUCGAAUUCCCGAUGACUCAUGAAUCUUCGAUCUCGUCCCGGCACCACGCAUCUGCAUAGCGAACAAGAAAGAAAGUGGAAGUAACCACUCGACAUAAUUUCUCCGGUUAGGUAGAGCUCGUUAAGCUCUGCUUGCUUUAUAUUCCGAAUUUGAUUUCACACACGGAAUUUGAUCUUUUUGUCACAAUUCGGUCACUCUUUGCGACCUUAAUAAAAUAAAGAGAUGAAUCGAUCGCGAUUGUAUAUUUGUUCACUGAAUGCGGCAUUAAUGUACUAUGUGCGCGUGCAGUUCUUUAAAUAACAUCAACAUAAAUGUUUUCGUUGCAUUGUGCGAUUUGUCUUUUUGCUUCGCGUAUGAAACUAUGACGCACUCGGAUAAAGUCAUUGAAAAAUUUAUUUUUCAUCUUUUCAAGCCGUAAGAUAAAAACUCAUAAGCGGGGUCAUGUACUAAAACGCAAGCCGGCGCAAACUUAUAGUUGCAACGCUGCUCCAGUCAAAUGAAAGACAUAAAUGCACCGGCGUAUAAAUGCAAAAGGGGGAGUUACACAUUGAAGAUGAUAAAAGAGAUAAAAUGGGGACCGGGGAGUUCUGUCGAUGUUGGAAAAGGAACGUAGUAUGUAGCAGCGUGUGUCGGAGUGUGUUGGUAUGAGGCCGCGGCAGAGGUUGCUCCAGCGGCGGAACAAGUGGCUGGCUCUAGUACCAGUUGCUCUACAGCACUCGCUACGCUCGUUCGUGAAUACAGUUAGUGCCGUUUCCCCGGUAAGGAUCUAUCUUGCCGCAUCCAACGGUCGUUCCGAUCGCCUCGAGACACGCGGAAGAUCAUCAAUUGAGAGAACCGAGAAUUUCCGUGAAGUAUAUUCCGCUCGGAUAAGAAGAACAUAAUUAUUAGCGUGAACACACGCUAUGUGCGGGGAAUGUAGGAAUGUAGCGAGUGCAGCGUGUGUACGUGAGUAGUGUUGUGUGUCGUGUGUGCGCGUGUUCUUCAGACAAUUGCCUUCGGUCUUUUAUCAUUCUUUGGAAACGCACGUUGAAAGGAAACUUCAGAGAGAAAAAUGAUGCUGAUACACGCCGCUACUUUUCUGUUGCUGAUCGUUGAUAUUCACGCGGCAACCAGCACCGUGACUACAGCCAGAGAGACAUGCAGAACGAGAAUAGCCGAAUGCACAAUGAAUGGCGGAAACGUGCCGGUGUGCGGAAGCGACGGUGUCACGUACCCCAGUCAGUGUAAGGUCAUUUCUCAGCAAUGUCAAGGGGUGUCCGUUCUUAUCAAGCAUACCGGGCCUUGCGCAGAGACGCCGCCGUGCUUCUCAGCGAGAUUAACCGCUCGACCCGGUGCUCGACCUCUCUGCCGAAGAGACGGUACGUACGCGCCGGUGCAAUGCCACGGGGAAACCGGCUAUUGUUGGUGCGUAACACCGCAAGGACGAGCGUUGCCCGACACGUCUGUUAGACACAAAAGACCCAGAUGCUCGAAAUCCAGUCUCAGAUCUGCUUCAACCAGGAGCGGCGGCGAAAGGCGACGUUCACACAGGCAAUACAAUAGCAACAGGCAUCGAAAUACCUGCGAUCGCACCGAGAAGUCCAAAUUCAAUGGAAAUCUUAUCGAGAACUUCAAGAUCGAAUUCAGACGGACCAACAUGUCGUCUGCCGACGACGAUAAGAAUGUAGAACUGGUGUUGUCGUGGAAAUUCAACACCCUGGACAAAGACAGAGACGGCUUCUUAAAUAAAUCAGAAUACACGGAGCUCAGAAGACUCGCCAGGAAGGCGGUGAAGCCGAAGAAGUGCGCGCGCACAUUCGCGCGUACGUGCGAUCUUAAUCGGGAUUUAAAGCUAUCCAGGCAAGAAUGGGGUGCUUGCCUCGCGAAUGAUUUUAUGCUACGUUUGUUCUUGUCGCUGAACCCCGCAGACGAGCGUCCCGAGGUCCCUGAGGCCCAAAGGACACGGGCCAUGGACCAAGCUCUGAAAGGUAUUCACGUGUCUCUUCAAACCACACCGACUAUCCAGCCGUUUAACGAUUUUCUGGACGCUAACAGCAAGGAAGAGAGUGAUACAAAUGAUUGCCUGUCGGAUAGAAGAUCAGCACUGGAACCGUUGCAAGAUCAGAAUAAAACUUCGAGAAGCCAGUUAUACAUUCCAGAAUGCACGCCCGACGGAAGGUAUCACCGUAUACAAUGUUAUUCCGGUUAUUGCUGGUGUGUGCUUCAGGAUUCGGGCAAACCUAUACCAGGAACAUCGAUAAAACAACCGAUAUCACCAAACUGUAAUCCAGUUCCAACUCCGAGCAGACCUAUAAAAGGUUGUUCAGAGUCAAGAAAACAACAAUUUCUUCAAGAUCUAGUAAAUCUUAUGCAAACGAGAAUGACGGCAUCUAUUGAUACCAACGAAACUGCUAAGUGGAAUGCUUCUCCGCAGGAAAAGGUUUCUACUUGGCUCUUUGUAAUACUUGAUAAGAAUAAAAACAAGCUUUUAGAAAAAAAAGAAUGGAAAGGGUUUCGCACACUUGUAUCGAAUGAUAAACAACUUCGGAAAUGCGGCAAAAAGUUACCGAAACAUUGUGACGUGAACAAUGAUAGAGUGAUCAGUAUGACAGAAUGGCUUAAUUGUCUUCACGUUUCAUAUUCAUUAACAGACAGAGAUAUAGAGAAAGCAUCAAACUUGAACAAGGCGGUAAAUCAAACGAAGAGAAUAGGACCAAAUCCACUAGAUCGAUAUCUCAACGGCACUGUGAUAUAUACCGCAGACUACGCGGAUUUUGGUUUUGAACGGGAGACGUCAAAGUCACCCACGAUGGACAGAAAUCAAAUGAUGAAAACAAUACGAAACCAUAUAAAACAUAUAAACAAAACAUCGUGUGAACGAACAAAAACCUGUUUCGUACUUUUUUAAAUGUUAAAUUGAUAAGAGGACUUGUAUCGGCAUUCUUUUUCUUUAUUUGAAAUUUUUACAAACAAAAUUAUUGAUUGGGGGUGUUUCAAUUCGAUAAUGUCUCAAAAAUUAAUAUUUUUUUUAUUGAUUAAAAUGUAUAUUUGUGGUUCAUAAACAAUUCGAGAGUAAAUUGGUAACAACAGAACUAUGUGUUAAAACAGUUCAAUUUUUUGACCCAUUACCUUUAAUCUUUUUUAAUGUUAAAAUAUUUUUUCAAUGUAUAAGUCUCUUGUAUUGUAAUUGUCUGUUCAUUCUUGCUUUGAUGGGCGUUCUUUCAGAUUCUUUGUGAUGAAAACAACAUACAAUAAAUAUAUAUAUAUAUAUAUCUGAUACAUAAAACUCCAUCGUUUAAAAAAUAUUAAUCUAAUUAA